UAGAAGAACACAAAACGGCUCGCAUGGCUAAGAAAGCCCUUAAGCCUGGUGCUGCUGCCAGGAGAUCCAGGCAAAAUAAACAUAAGACAUCUCAACACAGGAGGUCUAAACAUUCCAACAAGAAACGGGGUACCUCUGGUCAUCGCAGAACCAGUUCAAAGAUCAUGAGGAAACGUAAAACAUCCCAACAACAGCGGUCUAAAUAUUAUGUCAAGAAACAGGGUACCUCUUGUCGUCGCAGAAACGGUGCUAAGAUCACGGAGAAGAAGAAGACAAGUUUUCGACUGUCAACUGGGGCAAAGUCGAAGGUAUUUGUCAGACCAAGAAUUCCUAAAGAACCUAGAGCAAAGGCACAUGCUCUGGCCCUGGCUUUCACCCCUGCUUCGGCUUCUGCUUCGGCUCCGGCUCUGACUCUGGCCUCAGCUUCAGCUCUGCCUCCAGAUUGGGCUGCAGCUCUAGUUCCAGCUUGGACUCUGGCUCCAGCUCCAGCUUCGGCUCCAGCUUCGGCUCCAGCUUCGGCUCCCACUCCAGCAGUGGCAAAAUCCACCUUCCCCUGAAAGCGCCCCAGACCGUGAUGACUACCUGGCCAGCUCCUAGGCCCCAACUGGGUCCAAAGACCUAUGAAACAUCAGUGAAUGGGUCUAGGAGCUGGGCCACGGUCAGGAUGCCAAUGGCAAACUUUGCCACAUAAAAGUUGUAUGAUGCUGAUAAUAAAAUCAAUCACAUGAG